CGACGCCCCACGAUGGCCCAAAAGGCCCCAAUGUCUGCUCCAAGACAGCCCCAGAGGCUUUCCGUAACCGUUUUGGCUCAAGCGCGCUGUUGACGUGAUUUUCUGCUUCGACCGAACAAUUUGCUAAGGCUAUUGCAAGGCAUGUAUACACUUGCGUUGAUCUUCCACUUAACGCUUACUUGGGCCAUGGCAGUACAGCAAGGCGUUCUCACAGGCUAUGCUGACGAGUGGAUGGCUUUCGAGGACCAGAUGUGUGAGGGCGAAGUGUACGUCGCUCGUACUUCUGGGGCUGCUGCGGCCAGCCCUGAUCUAUGUUACCAGCUGAUGCUUACUACAGUCGGAGACGCUUCCGUGAACACUGACAUCGUGGUGCUGACGCGCGACCGCCCCACUGCUUGCUACGCCGUGAUGGCCGGAAACGACUGCACAUCGAGGCUCGCAGCUUCCGGCUUCGCCGUGUACUUGAAGAGUGCGUCCCGGGCGCUCCCUGGGCCUCCCGCGCCCUUGACGAGGUCGCUUGUAGUCGCCAAUUCAUCGCGAGCCCUUGGGGCAGGAGGGCAGGGAGAAGACCAGCUGCGAGCGUGUCCGGCAAACGGGGUCUGCUCCAAGAGUGUUGCAGGGCCUUGCCAGACGUGCGUUAACACAAUCGACCCCUAUUGCGGUUCCAGUAGCUGGGACACUUACUGCUAUUCCGCGUGCUGCUCUUCCACGGCAUACACUGGCGGUGCGAAUUGCGCCUCGUCUUGUUCUACACCGUAUACGCCGAACCCGACGCCCCGACGCCGAAUCCCACGCCGAACCCGACGCCGAACCCCACCCCGACGCCGAACCCGACGCCGAACCCGACGCCGUACCCGACGCCGUACCCGACGCCGUACCCGACGCCGUACCCGACGCCGUACCC